AUGGCGCCGUUUCGCAUCGUCAUCGUGGGCGGUGGCAUCGCAGGCUUCACGGCUGCCAUUGCCCUCCGUGGAGCCAACAGACAUAUCACAAUCCUCGAACAAUCGGGCUUGAACAAGGAGAUUGGCGCUUUGAUUUCUUUGCAGCCGAAUGCUUCGAGGAUUAUGGAGUCCAAGUGGAAUCUGAGCCAGGAACUCUUGGAGGCGCGGCAAAUGGUGGAUGAAGGAUUCCGGAUAUACAACACAGAAGGAAAGCUGGUCAACACUAUACCUUUGCUGACAAAGAAAAAGUAUGGUGCGGAGCGUCUCUUGUUUCAUCGGAGAGAUCUCCAUGAGGCACUGAAAAGUGCAGCUGUCUCACCCAUGCGGGCAGGAGAUCCAGCCAUUGUGCGAGUCACGUCGAGGGUUGUUGACUGUGACGUACUGAAAGGAACAGUCACUCUGGACGGAGGUGAAAUAGUCGAAGGAGACGUUAUUAUUGGUGCAGAUGGAAUCCAUAGCGUUCUUCGAAAACAUGUACUCGAGGAAGCACCUAGUCCUAUGCCGACCGGCCAUUCUGCAUAUCGACUUAUGAUGCCAACAGAAAUCCUUGAAAAGGAAGAACCUGAAUUUUGUGCUAAGAUCAAUCCCCGAGAGCCUUUCACCUCGAUGAUCGUCGCUCACGACUGUCGUCUCAUCAUGGGACCCGGAAGACAAGGCGAGGUUUAUGGGAUUGUCGCUUUAGUGCCGGAUGACCAAAUGAACGAGGAUCCCCAUGCAAAACAGUCUUGGGUUGCAGAGGGAGACUUGGAAAAGAUGAUGCAGACUUUUGCCGACUUUCCGUCCUGGGUCAAAAAUAUCUUCAAGUAUGAUUCCAAGGCCAUGCGCAUCUUUCUUAGAAGACUGCUUACCAUUCACAAAAGACACUCCGCCGAUCUGGGCCUUUGGCAACUACGGGAUCUUGUAGGCUCUCCUAUCAAAUUUGUCUUACGUAGCUCACAAGUACAGGAUCCUUUGAAAACGUGGCAUCGUGGCCGUGUAAUCAUCAUUGGAGAUGCCGCACAUGCCAUGUUACCAACGCAAGGUCAGGGGGCCAGUCAAGCAAUCGAGGACUCUGAAGCUCUUGGAGCAUUCUUUGAUGAGAUCAUUGAACCACCAUCUGCUGAAGUCCUUACAAAAGCACUCGAGGAUAUCUUCCAGGUACGCUACAAACGUGCAAGUCUGAUCCAGGCAUAUAGUCGGCAAGCAGCCAAGCCAGCAACAGCCCAGGGAAAUAAAGUAGUUACAAUGAAACCGGACGAGUUCAUGGACUUCAACUGCAGAUAUGACGGGGCCAAAGAAUGGCAACAGCUUAGAGAAUACAAUGAGGAUCAUGCUUCACUUCCUCAAUUCUCCCCGAUAACUACAACGCCGGAUUCGAGUCUCUCGGAUUUGAGUGUACCCCCUGCAACGGAGUACUCAGGCGGCCAUGGAAUUUACGACUCCAAUUUCGCACAAGAGCUUACCCUAGAUCCAUUUCUUCCAGAUACUGUGCCGGUAUAUCCUAACCUGAACAAUUUCCCAGCCUUUUUUGAGCAGGUUAUGCUACCAAAUGUCGAAAUGGAAAUCCCACAAGAAACACAGCAGCCUCGUGGCGUAUUCGACUUCAUGCUAGAUACCGAUUUCAUUUCCCCCGAAAACGAUCUUUUUGAUACAAAUUUCAUGCCUGACCUUGAUCGAAUACUGGAUACUGGACCCUCCAUUUGCGGAUCUGAAGAUCUACAGAAUUCUCAACUUGGUGAUCAUGAGUCGGCAAGCAGGCGAGCAGCUGCCUUCCGAAAGUCUUUCUGGCUUUGGGUGCCAGAAAAGAACCAACAUGCGUUCAGCGAGGAGAGAAGGAUUCCUCUCCGAGAUGGGGACACUAUCCCACCGAAGCAUCGAAACCGACUCGAGGUUCUGCAAAUACCAGGGAAACUAUCCAUGCACUCACGAGAUGAUAUCUUCAAAUUGGUCGUUCGAACGGCCGGUUCUCGACUUUCAGUUUCCUCUUUCCCUUCUGCUGAGUACCUGGAUACGCUGAUCAAAGUCGGCAUUGGAAAGCGAACAGAGACCGAUGCAUGGAUCCAUCCAUAUACGUUUUACGAUCAGAAGUUGAGACCUGAAUUGUUGACUGGCUUGGUCGCAGCAGGAUGUGAAAUCACCAGAGUAUCCCUGGCUCAACUUGUCGAGGAUGAUAACAGUGUUUUGCGCGAUCUGCAGUGGCUACAAGCAUCGAUGCUCUGGUUAGAUAUUGGCAUCUUCUGUGGCUAUAGACGAAAGAUGCAAAUAGCCGAAAGCUAUCUACAACCACUGUGUACUGCUUUCCGACGUGCUGCGGCAUUUGACAGAUCUAUAUACUCGGUCAUAACACCUUAUUUGGCUGGUGAGGACGACCAGUCUUUGAAUAAUGUCUGGCAUGAGUGGGUAAGACAAGAAUCACUUAAGCGAUUGGCUUACCAUCUAUUUGGUCACGAUAUAGAGGUUGCCAUGGCUAUGAACCGCCCGGCUCUUACUUCAUAUACGGAGUUAACAUUACCCUUCCCUGCUGCAAGAGAUCUCUGGCUCGCACCUACAGCUACUGCAUGGAGAGAUCUUUGGAAUACAAAGUACCGUGUUGUAGAGGUGUCGGACUUCAGUCUCCGAGACUUAUUAUCUGAUCCGUCAUUAAUGACACAUAUCCCCAUUGAGAUGGACUUUGAUAUUGCAAGAACUGCAUUGUUACAGGGAAUGGCCAGCCAGGUGUGGGAAACUCGCCAACAGCUGAUUUUAUCCCAGGGAUCGCAGCCUAGCACCCGUGCUAUGGCUCGACUGUGGCUACAAAGCAGACAAGAUGAUCUUUAUACCACCUUGAAGUCCAUAUCUGAGAAUCCACCGACGCCUCCACCUGUGACAACAUUACUCAACGAGUUUGUACUGAUGUACCUCCACAUUGAUAUUGAUGCCAUCCAACGAUUUGUUGGUAAACUCGGGGACCUGGAUGCUCGCCGAGCAUACCCUCGUCUUCGAGACUGGAGUCACACAAAAGAAGCACGGACGAGUAUCUGGCAUGCUGGUCAGGCUUUGCGUGCUGCACGAGCUGUUAAUACGUAUCAGCUACGUGGAUUCGAUGCUAUGGCUAUCUACCACGCUGCGUUGGUUUUGUGGGUAUACGGGCUACUCCAGUGCGGAGAGUUAAAGCAGCUUGAAGCCAAGACACCCAUGAGUGAAACAGACUUGCCACCAUGUGUUUUACUUGAUGGGCCAGAAGACAAGGUGACCAAAGCGUUCUUGGGUCAUGGUAUUGGUCGCCCAGGACUGACAAUGACCCGGGGUGGUCCCGAUGGGGAUACUCCAAUGUUCUGUGAACUGAGCAAGCCACGCUCAGUCAUGGUUAUUGCUCGGCAGGUCUUUGAAGGGAAUUGUCCUUGUCCUUUUCCGGAGGACCGUCUGCCACCAAUGAUCCAAAACUUGUCCAACUAA